AUGGCCGCCAGUGAACGGACACCGCUGCUCUCGACAGCAUCGACGGCGACCACCGUCACCGCCAACACCUCGGCCGCAGCAACGCCCGUCGACGCCGACGCCACGCUCUCCCGGCCGCUCUCCAAAGAUGGCGUCGACGCCGUCACGGCCACCCCGAAAACGAGCUGGCUGGCGUCGCUCUGGAGCCCGGCCAACCGCGUGCUGCUCGUCGGCUUCAUCAUCUCGCUGAGCUUCAGCUUCACGCAGGUGACCAUCUUCUAUGCGUUCCGCCUCAUGGAGUGCGACGUGUUCUACAGCAACCACCCGCCAUUCACGGGCCCCGGCGACCGCUGCAGCCGCAACGAGAUCACCGCGGGCACGGCGCGGCAGGUCAGCCUGCUGGGCAUCAGCACCACCUUUUGUGGCACGUGGAACCUCUUCAUCUCGGGCCGGCAGGUCAAGCGCCUGGGCCCGCGCGCCGCCCUGGUCCUGCAGACGUCGAUCCCGGCCCUGCGCGUGGCGACGCAGGUCGUCGGCGUCUACGCGGGCGGGCAGGCCGGCAUCUGGAUCUUCCAGGUGACGCAGAUCAUCACGGUGCUGGGCGGGCCCGCGGGCUACAUCCUGGUGGUCAACACCAUUGCCGGCGAGGUCGUCGCGCCCAUUGAGCGGACGGCGCUGUUUGGCAAGCUGCAGGGCGUCAUCAUGCUGGGCAUGGCCAUCGGGCUGCUGCUGGGCGGCGUGGUGGGCGACACGUUUGGCAUCGUGCGGCCCUUCCAGACGGCCUUUUUCCUGUUUCUGUUUGCGAGCGCCUUUGCGCACUACGCCAUGCCGUACAUCUCGCCCGAGUCGCUGAGCGGACCCGGCGCCAAGACGAACCGGCCCGGCGGCCUGGCCGGGUUCCUGGAGCCGCUCAAGGUCAUGCUGCCGCAAAAAAUCCGUCUCCGCGCGGGCCGCGUGGCCAGCCACUACGGCAUCUUCUUUCUCUGCUGCGGUGAAUUCCUGGGUGUCCUCGCCACCGGAUACGCGCCGAUGCUCCUGCAGAUGUACGCGACGGCCACGUUCGACUUUGACCAGACCAACAACGGCUGGCUCAUGUCGGGCAACGCCUUUAUGCGUGCCUUUUUCCUCGUCUUGAUCUUCCCGCGCAUCAUCGAUGCCGGCCGCGCCUGGUUUGCACGUCGGGCCCGUGAGGAGCGCAGGGCCAAGCGGACGAACCGCCGGCUGUCGUCGUCGUCGUCAUCAUCGUCUGCGACCGUGUCCACAACCGCCAAGACGCCCAAAGCAACCGUCAAAUCCUAUGGCGCGACAGCCACGUCCCCGUCGAGCAGCAGCAGCAGCAGCAGCAGCAACAGCGCGGCCGCCACAGCCGUCGCCACCCCCGUCAUCCCCGACAUCCCCACGCAACCCGAGCAGUUUGACGCCCCCAACGCCACGCUCGUCGAGGAAGAGCCGAUCUUGGUGACGGUGCCCACGGGCGAGUCCAGUCCUCUGGCCCACGGCGACGACGGCGACGACGCCGAGGACGCCGCGACGGCCGCCGCCGACGACGAAAAGGCCGCGUACGCGUUUGACCUCUUCUUUCUGCGGUGGAGCCUGCUGGUGGACGGCAUCAUCACGGCGGGCGCCGCGCUGGGCACGCAGCCGUGGCACAUGUACCUGAUCACGGUGCUGCUGCCGUUUGGGUCCGGCUCGGCGCCGGCGGCCAAGGGCGUCAUCACGACCAUGUGCCCGUCGUCGCAGCGGGCGGACGCGCUCAACGCCAUUACGCUCGUGGAAAACAUGGCGCGGCUGGCGACGCUGGGCCUGUUUGGCUACGUCUUCGCGGCGCUGGCCGACGUGGGGCAGGCGCAGCUGACGUUUUACUGCAACGGCGCGCUGGCCGUGGUGGCCAUGGCGGUGCUCAUGUUCUCGCACUUUCCGCCGCGGGACAGCGUGCUGGUGGAGGCGGGCGAAGCGGAGGCGGGCGAAGCGGAGGCGGACACUGUGGCGGCAGCCGAGACCGAGGCGGACUCUAUAGAGGCAUAA